CCUCCAAUCUGCCAUUUUCUGUCGGUAGAUAGGUGCCUUGCCUCUCAAGCUUCUUCUGUUUUCCUUAUAGGAUCUGUUCCGUCCAUUGGUUCACCGCCUCAGGGCAACGAUGGCCGCUGAGUCCACAGCCACUGCCGCCAUUGCCGGAGAGCUGGUUUCCACCGACAAGACUGAAGAAGAUGCCCCUGCUCCUUCUACCUCUGCAGAUAAAAUAGAGAGUGUGGAUGUGGAUAGUGAAGCAAAGAAAUUACUGGGCUUGGGACAAAAAAACCUUGUGAUGGGGGAUAUCCCAGCAGCUGUAAAUGCAUUCCAGGAAGCUGCUAGCCUUUUAGGUAAGAAGUAUGGAGAGACGGCUAAUGAGUGUGGAGAAGCCUUCUUUUUCUAUGGGAAAUCACUUCUGGAGCUGGCAAGAAUGGAGAAUGGUGUGUUGGGAAAUGCCCUGGAAGGUGUGCAUGUAGAAGAGGAGGAAGGAGAAAAAACAGAAGAUGAAUCCCUGGUAGAAAAUAAUAAUGUAGAUGAGGAAGCAAGGGAAGAGUUGAGAGAACAGGUUUAUGACGCCAUGGGAGAAAAAGCAGCAAAAAAAAUAGAAGACAAGUCUAUUGUAAAGCCUGAACCUGAUAAAGAACAGGAGACUGAAAUGGAGAAGGGAGAACAAGAAGAUAUGGAUAUAAGUGAGCCUUCCACAGAACUACAGGAAAAAGUUGAGUCAAAUCUGGAUCAGUUAACUGAAACUACUGAAGAGGCAAAAGGAACAGCAGAAGCAGGACUAAAUGAUGCUGAAGUCACUUCUGGGAAGUCAGAACAGGAAGUACCAGAUGCUGAGGAAGGAAAAUUAGUUUCUAGCAUAGAUGUCCAAGAAGAGUGCACAGAAAAAAGAGUUCAGGAAAAGCAGGGAGAAGUCAUUGUGAGCAUAGAGGAGAAGCCGAAAGAAACAUCAGAAGAGCAGUCUGUUGUGACCCUAGAAAAUAAGAGUAUGACAAUGGAAGUAGAAGCAGAGCCUGUAGCUCCAACAGAAAAGACAGUGGAAGUGGGUGGGCAUGACUCAAAGGCAGAGGCCUCUGAAAAUGAGCCAGGAAAGGCUAUUGUUGAGCAGCUGGUAGGGCAAGAAAUGCUUCCUACUAAAAAGUCACCAAAGGUGACAGCAGAGGCUCCGGAAGCCUUAGCUGGAGAAGCUGGUUCAGAUGUCUCUGGGGAUUUGGGGCAGGAAGCCACUGUUCUUAAGGAUGGUGCAGUCAAUGGACUGUCAGCUGCAGAUCUGACUCCUGUUGAGCCACAGACUUCUGCAGAAGGACUGGCAGAAACAAAAGAUGGCUCAGAACUAGAAGUCAGGGCAGAGUUGGUUCCUAGCCAAGAGACUAAGCUGCCUAUAGAAGAGUCUGAGGCAGCUGGAGAUGAGGUUGUGACCAAGUUAGCCCAGGAAGCUACUGAGAAAUCGGAAGACAAAGUUAAGGUAGCUGCUAAUGAAGAGACAGAAGAACAGAUGAAAGAGGGUGAAGAAACUGAAGGUUCAGAAGAAGAUGAAAAAGGAAAUGACAAGGCUGAAGAAACACCAAAUGACCCAGUUCUUGAAAACAAGUCUCAAGAAAAUGAAGAGGAGGAAAUCGGGAACCUAGAACUUGCCUGGGACAUGCUGGAUUUAGCAAAGAUAAUUUUUAAGAGGCAAGAAACAAAAGAAGCUCAGCUUUAUGCUGCACAGGCACAUCUUAAACUUGGAGAAGUUAGUGUUGAAUCUGAGAAUUAUGUCCAGGCUAUAGAGGAGUUCCAGUCUUGCUUAAACCUCCAAGAGCAAUACCUGGAAGCCCAUGACCGUCUCCUUGCAGAGACCCACUACCAGCUUGGCUUGGCCCAUGGAUACAAUUCUCAGUAUGAUGAGGCAGUAGCACAGUUCAGCAAGUCUAUCGAAGUCAUUGAGAAGAGAGUAGCCGUUUUAAGCGAUCAGAUGAAGGAGGCAGAAGGAUCCCCUACUGAAUAUGAGAAAGAAAUUGAGGAGCUGAAAGAUCUGCUACCUGAAAUUAAAGAGAAGAUAGAAGAUGCCAAAGAGUCUCAGCGGAGUGGGAAUGUAGCUGAAUUGGCUCUGAAAGCAACUCUGGUGGAAAGCUCUACUUCAGGCUUCACUCCCAGUGGAACAGGUGCCUCAGUCUCCAUGAUUGCCAGUAGAAAGUCAACAGAUGGUGCUUCCUCGUCAAACCAUGUGACUGACAUUUCUCACCUUGUCAGAAAGAAGAGAAAACCAGAGGAAGAUAGCCCUCAGAAAGAUGAUGCAAAGAAAGCCAAACAAGAACCAGAGGUGAAUGGAGACAACGGAGAUGCUGUCUCCAGUGGAGAUGCUGUCUCCAGUGGAAAUGAAGUUUCCGAAAACAUGGAGGAGGGUAAGAAUCAGGCUGAGAGCCUGGCAGCAGUGGAGGGGACAGUGGAGGCCGGAGCUACAGUUGCAAGCACUGCAUGUUAAGAGAGGGAGCAUAGCCUUCCUCCUGAGGGAAAGUGUUUUGUAUAUAAUGUAUUUUUUCACUUUUGGGGGAAUUCUUUUUGUAUAACUUCAAUAAAGAUUGUAAGCAAAGGUUGAGACUUGAAUGGUUUUUUCCCCCCUUAAAUAUUGACUAACUCUGUGCCUUGGAGCACUCCAGAUUUUAUAUUGUGGUCAAACUCAGUCCCAUCCUCCAAUUCUGUACUGCUCUGUUGGGGGUUAUAAGCUAUUUCUAUCCAUCUAAUAUUUCUAUCCAUCUAAUAUGGAUAUGAAUUUCUAUCCAUCUAAUAUGGAGGUGGUCAAAUAAGCAUUGGCUCUGGGCCCUUUAUUUUUCAAUGGUGCUAUCUAAUUUUUCCAUUUUAUAUACAUGACUGAACAUAGUUGUUACAUAACUUUCACUGGUGCUGUCUCUUGAUGGGGGCUAUAAAAACAAGAUUUGGUAAAGAUCUUGCUCUGGUGCUGAGUAUCUUUUAGACUUUGUAAGCCUCUAUGCCAGGCCUUAAGGUAGUUACAUUUAUCUAUUUAGUCUUCACCUAGAGCCAAGAUUCUGUUGUGUGUGGGGGGGAAGCUGAAGAAAAUUAGGGGGACGACUUGAUCAGUGUGGAAAACUGGUGUGCUGAACUUUCUGAUCUGAAAAUAGCUAAGUCACUCUCAAAGACACUUUAGUUAUGGUUGGAAGGAUUGGGGCUGGGAAUGGUUAAGUUCCAUUUGUUAUUCUCUUGUGUAGAAAAUUGAACUAUGCUAAUACUUGGAAUUGUUAAUCCCAAUUGCAGUUUUGACUUCUCUAAAUAAAGAUACAAAAAAAAAAGAAAAAAAGAAAAAUGGGG